CUCUUGUCUGUCUCUGCAGGACUCCCAGACGGUAAACUGCCAGGUCAGUGGUCCACGAUGAGAGCGGAGAGAUAAUCGUGCAGAGAGCCUCCCUCCCAUCCCUGUCGUUUGUGCCACUGGAAGCAGCAUAUUGUUCCAGACUCCCAGACUCAUCAUGCCCCUGCUUCCCAGAUAACGCCUCUGAGGACCAGGCCUGCACAGCACCCCUCAUCUGCGCCAUGGCAGGAGAGAAUCAGCGCACGUACGCUGUCAAAAAGCUGGACGCUGAGUCCAAACUGAAGGAUGAGGGCACUGCAUUGGAGCAGUACAGCAGCAGUGAGAAAGCCACAAAAGAGUCUUCAGAGCACUUUUCAGGUGCGGGCGUGGAGGCGCGGACAGUUAGCAGAGGGGCCAAGUUUGUAGACAAGGACAGGGACUAUACUCAGCAGCGCGAGGCUGUGAUCCGACCUCAGCAGGCGGGAAAAAUAGACUUCAAGUCACUGCAGAACCGGCCUAAGUUCUCCAGCAACAGGACGUGGCCCAGUGGUAAAGGCAGCCCCCAGUCCCCCAGCGGGAAGUGCCGGAGCAGAGACAAGGGCAAGCGGUCAGGGAAGUCGGAGCGCGGUAACCCACAGCAGCUGUACAGACUCAGCAUCACCAACCCACGUUCCAACCCUACUAUCGGCAUUGCCUACCCACAGCAGAAGGUCUCGCCACCCAAGAAGAUGGAGGCCAGCCGAGGCCCAGUGUCGGGCAGCUACAGGUUCCACGUGCCCAGUAUACCAGAGCGAGAGGCCGAGCUGCAGCAGGAGGAGCUCAACUACAGCCGCUGCUUCCAGGAGACCUCUUCCAAUGUCACCUCCCCAAGCUAUACCUCACAGCUACUGGGAACCACAGGUGGGACAUCCAUCCACCAACUCCCACCCCAGCAGCAGCAACCAGGCCCAACUGAGAACAAUAAUAACUCACAGACAAGCAGCCAGCUGCUCUUCCCAGACUUUCAGUUGAGUGGCUCCAAUGACUGGCAGUCUCCAGAGAGGACUUUUAACGGUGGCAUUUCCUCACAAAAAUCCACUGUUCUCAAGGAGGCAAACAAGGCGAAUGGUAGCUCUGUGCCUUUGCUGUUUCAGUACGGAUACCAGUUGUCGGAGGACUCAAACCCAGACCCUUUUGCCUGUGAUCAGAACCCCCUAUCCCAGGGCUAUAUAGACUCCUCCUCUUUGGCUUCUUCCCAGGUGACUCAUAACUCUUUUUCCUUUCAGUCAUCUGGGGAGGUGAAGGAGGGGGGUCAGAAUAACACUCAAUUCAACAGUGACCAGCCAGAGGACAGAUCUUCCUACCCCAAUCCUCCACAGCUACCGCAGUACCUGCAAGCUCCACAAGGGGCGGCAUCCUCCAUGCACUGCCCCAGGGGUCUGAGUGAGGACUUGGCUAGUAGUGAGAGCUCUGGCUCCAGCUCCCAGCCGUCGGAGAAGGGUAAGAGUGCCCUGCCAGAUAGCAUGGACACGUUCUGCCAGGAAGACAAUAAGGAUGCAGCCCUCGCUUCAGGGAGCAAGAGGAGCUGCCCCUCCAAAGACGUUGCUGCUGCUAAAGGCAGUGUUAAAGGCAGUGUACGCCAUGACAAAAAUAUUGCACAAGGUCCAUGCUCCCAAAUGCACUUUCCAAACAAAGCCUACAACAGCAACCCUCCACUCAAUAGUAUCCACAUGGGUUCAGUGCCUUUUGACAAAAGCAUCAACACCAAGGCCCAUAGUAGCUUACCACACUCAUGGGAGGAACUGAAUAAGAACUUUUCCCCAGCUGACCAAAACACUAUGCCUUAUCCUAAUAUGAAUGAUAAGUUUCAGUUUCAGAACCAGCCAUCCGUCGAUCAAAGGCUAAACACAUCCAAAAGCGGUAGGAUGCCAUGGCAGCAGAUAGGCCUCACUUAUGCCAUGCCGAACCAAAACAGGAUUGAGUUGUCUAGGCAACUAAGCAACCAAAAGCUCACUUAUUUGGUAGCACCCUCUGACUGGCAGGAUGACACUAAAUCACAUAAGAAUAGUUCACUGAAAAGCCCCAGCUCUUUCCAAAACAAUAGACCUAGUGAAGGAUUUUCAAACCCAAGGCAAGAGAGUGUCAAACAAGGCUGCAGUACAAUACCACAUUUUAAAGUUGAGACAAGUCACGCGCAGGUCUGUGAGUCCAAGAAUAAGCCCAAUUAUUUUGGAAUGAACCAAUCAUUGCCUGGGGCAUCAUCAAGAACAUAUGGAUAUCCACCAUUACAGGUCCCACCAAUGGGGCAUAUAAUGGUGUCACCAUAUGAAUCUCCCUCGCCCUCCCCAGUCCAUAACCCAGCCUCUAGCAGCACAUGUUCUUCACUCUCCCCAGCCUCAACAAGUCCUGUCAACCUCUCUGAGGACAGACAGAUAUCAAAGAUUGGGCAUCCCCCUCCAUUCUACCCCCAGCACCAAGUGAAGGCACAAGUACCUACAGAUCACCUCAGCACUAACUCUCAUCAUUUCCACUCAGACGCCUCCCGUAACCUGCCUUACACACCAGAGAGGGCAAAAGACGACAUGAUGAGCUACCUGCACAACAACGGACAUCCAAAGCCUAGUAUGGAUGGCAACAAGGGCUAUAUGGAUGGUUUUGGGGUGGAGCACCACCCACCUCCACCACCAUACUCUGCACAUCAAAUGUUAGCUACGUCUUUAGCCACGGCAAACCUUGACCAACUGGACGUACUUCUCACGUGCAAGCAGUGUGAUCAGAACUUCACUAACCUGGCCGCAUUCCUUGGCCAUAAGCAAUACUGUGGACAGCAUGCAUUUGCACAAAAGGUGGAUGACACCAGAAGAACACCAGGAAGUUCAACACAGUUUCACAAUGACAUGAUAAAAGUUUCAUCCUCUGGGACCAGUUUAUGUCAAAGUGUCUCCAUGACAAGGUGUCCAUCUGACCUUCACCUGUCUCUGCUGGGGCUCAAUAAGAAUGGAGAACUCAUGUCUGACAGUGAAAUAAAAGGGGAUUCUAAGGACGACCCUAUGAAACUCAACCUGUUCUCUGGGGUAGGUAACCUUCCUGUCUCACUUCCUGACUUGGAGAUAGAGGAUGCAAAGUUAGAUAGCCUAAUCACUGAGGCUCUAAAUGGACUGGGGUAUCAGUCAGACAAUGCAGAGAUUGACAGCAGCUUUAUUGAUGCAUUCGCAGAUGAUGACCUCACCACUGUCAAAGUAUCGUCAAACAGGCAUACUCUAAAAACCAAAAACUCAAUGGUCUUUGAGAGCAAAAGCAAACAAUCUACUGAAGACGACAGGUCUCUGACACAAGGAAAACAUAUUUAUGACUCAGACAUUGAGAGCUUUGAGACAGACAACAAGCACACAGAAAGCAAACUUGAGAAGACUUCUCUGAAUUUUGAGCAGGAAGAGAAAAUGAACAUCAAAAAAGAAGUGUCUCAUAAAAAUUCAAGGAUCACCACAGGGGAGAAACCGAGGGAGCAAGAAAAUAAAGUGAAAGAUAUAAGAAAACUGUCCAAAGGUGAAGAGGAAAACAUUAACACUCCAAGGUUCCUCUUAUCCAGCAAAUUUUCUGAACGUUGUGGAGUUCGAAGUCUCCAGAAUAGCUAUUUGUCAAGUGGCUCAACCUCUUCCCAAGUCUCCUCUGCAAACCGGAGUUCCCCAACCCAGAGGAUUGCAGCAAGGGAGAGUAAAAGGAAAAGGACCGGUACCUGGAGCAAAGAACUCAUCCACAAAAUAGUUCAACAGAAAAACAAGUUAAACAAGCUCCAUGUUAAAGGCACCAAAAACCUGCAGUUCUCGCUGGUGAUGGAGAGACUGACGCCCACGGUGCCAAACCCUAUGUUUGGGGAGUAUGACUAUGUCUCAGACUCAGAUGACGAGUGUGAGCCUGUGAAGAUAGCAAGCCAAGGUCGCCUUAGCCAAAGUGGCCACUGCAAGUACACCUACACAAAGGAGUGCAAAUGGCGUGCUAGGAGUGACAGGGACAGUGCAGCAUGGAGGCACGAAUCAAAAGAGUGCUUCCAGAUGAAGAAAACUGAAGAAUCUCCAGAGAAACCUGGCUCUAACCAGAGACUUGGGAGGAGAGGCAGCAGGUCAUCCACAAGCAGUGAAGUCAGCACAUCUGUGAGUAUCUCCAGCGAUAGCAUCAACAGCCCCAAAAGCACUGACCACACAGACUCAGACUGGGAGAAAAAAGUGGAGAUCAGGAGGAAUGACUCUUCCGAGCAGAGAACCUACGAGCGAUCUCCACAAAAGAUAUGCAAAGAGUCUAGCACACAACUAGCACUGACAUUCACCAAAUCUACUAAGAGGUAUAGCACUGAUAAGACUCUCCACUCUACUAACAAAGACAAGUCAGUGGCCUCAAGGAUCACUAACUCAAAUACUGAAGAUGUUGAUCCAAUAUCAGCACUACCAAAGGUGAGGAUUGCAGUCAAAAACCUUGAAAAAUGCAGAAGCACAGAUGUGUCCUCAAGGGAGAAAGACGACUCAUUUAGUAGAGACACUGACACGAUAGCAAGUUCUGAUAAAAACACACCACUGAGGACAGCCAUCAAGACAUCCAAAGGGGAAUCAAUACAUUUUCAAUCUACUAGUUCUGAUCUCAAAUCACACCAGCUUCAAUCAUCACAUCCUGCCACAAACAACAAGGAAGGAUAUUUUUAUAAUAAAUUCAAAAAGGAUGAAACAACCUCAAACGAAAAAUCAGUACACAAAAGAAUAGAAGAGCAAUCUACACAGCCAAAUUCAAAGCUAUCAGACAUUUCUACAUUUGAUAAACACAAUGAGAGUGUCUAUCACAUUAAAAACCCAUUGACUUUCAACAAUGACAUAGUCCCCAAGACCACACCUCUUUUCAGUGCACUCAUGGAUGAAGUGUGCCUUUCUCCAACUGAAUUUGACAAGCCUCUGACGCAGAAAGAGACAUCACAUCUCAUCCCAUACCACCUAGAGCAAGACCAGGGUCUUAUGAAGUCUCCCCUCUCAUUUGACACAUCGUCAAUGUUCGGGGACCUCUCAGUGGCAGGAUUUGACAAUGGCCUCUACACUGACGUUCCAUUGCACAAAGAAGGUUUCAGCUCCUUAGAUACCACCAAUGACAAAAAGGAGGUGUUUAGCUCAUCAUCCUUUCUUUCUCCUUUCUUGGAACAGAGGGACUGGGGCCUUAUGGUUGAUGUCACCAUGUUACCAGAUGAGAUAUCCCAAUACAAAGACAACUCUGAUAAAUCAAAUGAAAAUAAAUCAGAUUAUAAUCAUGUUCCUUUGUCUCUGCCAGACAAAAUAAUGGACUACAGGGCGAAUCUCAACAGCUAUGUGUCAGAAGAUGAGCUAGAGAUAAAGAGGAUUGUGACAGAGUUGGAAAACCAGCUCCAGACAGCCAAGCUAAGUAGUCCGCCAUUGCUUACUGAGUCUCCAAAGCAGCUGAAGAUGAGCAAAUUGUCCCCUCUACUGCUAGACGAUAAGUCUGAGAAUGAAGACACUGGUCUGGAUAUGGGCUGCCCUGUGCAAAGCAUGUCAAGUAUGCCAUCUGACCCACAUUCACAGGCUUUUGUUGAGCCUGGUCUACCAUGGUCCAGUUCAUUUGAGUUUGGGUUGAUGGAGGGUCAUCAUACUCCAACCCAUGCUGUACCCAGUAUCCUUGAACAGUUUAGCGAGAAGGAUGACUGCGAACACAGUAUGAUAACCACAACCACAAAUGUAGAGAAAGAGCAACUGCAACAGGAUGACCACAAAGAUGAAGGCAUGGGUGUUGACAAGAGAACUGCCAUAGAGAAAUCUGAAGAGAUUCUAGAGAGUAAGACCUAUGCAGAAAACCUGAUGAAAAGCCUGGAGGUGAUAUCAGAUUCCAUUUUCAAAAACGAUCCCAUCACACCUGAAGUGGAGGAGCCAAACCUCACCUCACCUAAGAACCCAGAACACUUACUCAGUGAAAGCCAAGCUCCAUCUGCUGAUGCUGCUGAAAAGGUUAUUCCUGAUGAGGCGAACAUUGAAUCCACACACUUUGAAUUACAGCCUCCUCUCUCUGAAAACACAGAGCUCCCACCUGAUCUAGAAGAGAUUGUUUCACUGCAGCCAAGUGAGUCUAUACCUUACAACGACAGUGGGUCAGAAUUCAAAGACAUGCCAAUCAGGAACAAUGUCACUGAAGACAGUUGUGUUAUAGAAACUGAUAACUGCUCAAACACUGAAAUGGAUAACCUACCAAUGACUAAGGAGACCUGUGAGAACCAGAAGCUAGAGGACUGUGGGGAUGAAAUCCUUGAAGCCAAAAGUGCCCUCCUUGAGCAUACAGAGCUUCCACAUACUACCAUUGAUGAGCCUCCAGAGCUUCCACAUACUACCACUGAUGAGCAUACAGAGCUUCUAGAAACCUCCAUUGAUGAGCAUAGAGGGCUUCUAAAUUCCUCCAUUGAUGAGCAUACAGAGUUGCUAGAUACUUCCAUUGAUGAGCAUACAGAGCUUCUAGAUACUACCAUUGAUGAGCAUCAGGAGCCAAAAGAGCCAGUGGAGGACAUCAGUUUUAAUACUAAGUCUGUGAGCCAGCCCUCCAACGGGUCCAACCUAGCAGAGCAGGAAAUCGCUGAUAACUUGGAUAAUACGCUUGAAGAGGUAGAAAAUGCAUCUAAGGAACUAUCCAUAGAUGUCCAAAGUAACUCUGAGAGUGUAUGUCCUUCGCCAUCUGCAAAUGAACAGGCGGAGGACAGUUCAGCAUGUGUAACAGAGGAAGACAGCAUUGAAUCUGACACUACAAUACAGGAUGAGGUGAUAAGCUAUACAAUCCCUUUUAGGUGUAGCACCCCUGAGAAUGGCAUUGCCAAUCAAUCAACCCAUGUCUUCAUGGAGACUGUCACAGAUAAGCCUUGCAGUCCACUGUUGACGGAAACCAAUACAGAACAUGCUAGCCACAGAUCAACCUUUUCCAACAUUGAGUCAGAUGAUGAAAGCACCAUGUUGGUCAUUGCUGAGCAUGACAGUGACCUUGACAGUGAUGCACACAUGGAACAUACACCUGAGGAAAAAGCAGAAACAGAAAAGGAACCUGAAUGUGAGGCCAACCACAGACAAAUAGAAACGAUUCCAGAUGUUGAAGACAUCCAGGAACACAUUCCUUUACAUCUCAUGGCAUUUUCCCAGCACUCACCAUGCAAAGAGGAUUUGCAGAUGGACGAAAGGCUGGAUAGUAUUCCAGAUGAUGCUCCUCCAUCCAGUCCUGUUCUACCAGCUUCUCCACACACACCUGUGGAGAACCCUGACACACAAGAACAAGAACAAUCACAGCCAAUCACAUGCAAUACUAUGGAUACUAUCCCAGCCUCAAUCCAUGACACACAAUCUCUUAAGGAGGAAAACUGUGAUGACCUAAAUGCCAAAGAAGCACUGCAUAUUGAUAACACAUUGACUAUAAGAGCUGAGAUGGACUACUCUUUAGUAAGUCCUCCUCAACUGGACUUGGGAAUCACAAAGGGUAAAAUCUCUAGCACUGAAGCCUGCAUUCCCUCUCCUCUACCCUUGACCAUUGCAACAGAGCCAUCUGAGGCAAUGGAGGCCCUUACGAAGAGAGUCUCCGUAUCACUGUAUGAUUUCAAACUAAGCCCACUGAACUACAAUUACUUUCCAGAUGAGCCUCCACAACUGAGUCAGUUUGAAUACACUCCUAUCUCCCCAGCCAACGUGGAUGAGGAUGAGCCAAUCAUCAAGCAGAGCCCUAAGGAUGACUGUGAACCUUGUGAUCUAAGUGAUGACACGGCAUUGACGUCAGACAAAAUAAUGUGUGACAUUGAUCUAAGCGAUGACACAGCAUUGACGUCAGACAAAAUAAUGUGUGACAUAGACACAGAGUUACCUAUGAGUCCACACCAUACAGCCAAGCUAAGUCCACCAGAUGAAUCUUUGAACAAGAGCAGCAUCCAAAAUGACAUAACAUUUCCAUUCAUUUUAUUGGUUCUCCCUUCUCAGAGCACUGCUCCGUCCAUUGGCGAUAUAAAGGAGGAUUUGGACAGUUGCCCGGCUCCACUUCAAACUAUUGAUUAUUUGGACUUAGAUGUUGACUUGCUAAAGAGAGUGGCUCCAGAGGUGCUGCCAGAAGUCCUGGAUAUCAAUGAGGUCCCUAGUGAGCAGAACACCUGUCCUUUGAUAAAGGAUAUCUCAGAUGAUCAGCUCACUCCCAAACCACUGAUAAUCUGUGAGAAUGAGCCAACCCCAUUACCAUUAGACCAAAUAGAAUCUCUAACAGUGGAGGAAGGUCAGUGCUCAGCAACCCACAAGCAAGAGGAAGAAACCACGCAGAAAAAUACAAAUCUGUGUGAGAUAUGUGCCAUGUUUUUCCGGACAGUGCCAGGAUUAAAGAGACAUAAGGCCAUGAAACAUUUGGUCAGGACUAAAAGAAGCCCACAUUUGGAAAAAGCAAAUAAUCAAGGGAGUCUACACAGUUACCAAACAUCCCACUCUAUAGAAACAGGACAUAAAGAUGAUCUAGAGCUCCUGGUUCCACAGACCUGUUUGCAAACAGAAAGCGAUGAUGUUUCUGACAAUCACUGCCCUGAGACAAGUAAGAGCUCCUUCAUAACCAAACAAGGAGAAACAGAUUUAAUCCUGGAGGACACCACAAGUGAAACAAAUAUGGCAAUGCCAGCUGGUGACAUAGUCCAGCAAAUGCCUCCUCAGUUGACAAAAGCCAAGAAAAGCUACAAACCACGGAAGAACAAAAACAAUGAGGUGAACGUGAAAACAGACAUAUUACAGGCAAUUACUCCUGAAUUCCAAACCCGGCUAAAGCAAGGAUACUGCAAGUCACCUGGGAAACAAGACAUAAUCAAUUCUACUGUAAACCACAAAGUUACAGAGCAGGAGGAAGUCCCUUUUAUUGUAACAAGUAACAGUGGCAUUGAACAGAUGCCCAUGUCUCCAAUAAAGGUUACAAAUCUGCUCACCCAGGAUAUGGACUUGAUUCAAAGCAACACUGAUACAGAAGAGGGGAAAGGCAUAGCGGAAGUUAGUAUGGAUGUUGGAAGCGAUUAUGGAGUAUCUGUAAGUAAGGAUAUUAGUAGGGAGUAUGAUACAUCUAGAGAGAAUUUGUAUGACCCUAAAGAGACAUGUAAGCAACAGACUUCAGACCAGGGUCUUUCCACAGAGAUACUGGGAAAGGUUGCAGUAAAGAUUGAAUGUGAGAAAAACAGUCGCCCAACAGAUGAGGUGGAGAAUCUCACCUGUUUUAAAUCUUCUCCUGCAAGCCCUCCUGGACUAAACCCUGACUUGAAUGAUUUUCUUGAUGAUGAAAGCACAUUCUCGCAGUUAUUCCCCACUAGAAACGAGGAACUGAAAAGGAAAAAGUGUGCAAAGGUUUAUGGCAAGAAAAGCAAGAAGCAGAAACUAUCACCCGAUUCAUCAUUAGUUCAAGACUAUCCUCAUCCUGACCUGUAUCUGGAAAAGAAAGAUGACUAUCGAGAAAAUCAGAUGGACCAAACAUUUGUCAACAAUCAAAAUGACCCUUGUAAAUAUGAAACGAUAUCCAUUGACGAUGCUAUCAUGUUGAACAUGUGUCAUAAUAGCACUUUAAAGUGUGAUUCCAAGAAAGUAUGUAACAUGAAAGGAAACACAACAGAUCACAAAGACAUUCAUGAUAAUACUGUGAAGCAUGGCAGUGACUUCCUAUGCCCACCUGAGAGCACUAUCGACAAAGCAUCAUUGGCAUGGAGUGCCUCCAACGACCUUGUUACAGAUGCUGUGAUCUCCUCUGACCCAACUUCCUGUAAAGCUGAAGUCCCAACCCCACCAUGUCCUCUUCCUAUCAUAGCCCCUUCUGCACCUUAUCCUGGAGACCCAUGUGCUACAGACAACGUGUCUCCUUUCCACAACAUUGACAUCCCAAACCUCAAUACCACAUUCCAGCUACCCGAAAUUCAAUUAUUUGACUCCAACAAGGACAUCCCAUUAGCUGGACCCAUUGGCACUGAUGAUGCGCAGACCAGAGACAAUGCAAAGCCCAAGAAGCUCACAGAACACAGAGGAAGAAAACGACAAGAGGGCGGCUUAAAGAUCAAGGACAAACAUUACAAGUGCAAGGUGUGCUUCACCUGGUUCCUAACCCUGGGGGAGCUCAACUUCCACAAGCUAUCCCACAACCCCUCUCCACCUCCCACCUGCUACAUGUGCGUCCAGCGCAAGUUCAGCUCCCGGGAGCAGCUGAGGGACCACCUGAGGGAGAAACACACCAAGAACAAGGCCGGCAUCUGGACCUGUGGCAUGUGCCUGAAGGAGAUAUCGGACGUGUGGAUGUACAAUGAGCACUUACGGGAACAUGCCACGCAGUUCGCCCGCAAGGGCCAGUCACACAGCGCUAUCCUGGGGAGUCUGCCAGGCUCUGGCAUGCAGGAGUCAGCCGUGAAGAACUUCAUCACUUCCAUCAUGCAACGCCGCCCCAGCAAGGCCAGCAGAGAGUCCAGUAAGGUCUCCAACCAGGAGAAACCAGCCGUGGUAGAAACCACCGGGCAGGAGGUGAGAACUACAGAGGUAGCUCAGCCCAAAGUUGUCAAGCCUAAAGGGAACAGUGAAAAAGUGGGGAAACCGAGCACGCUGACGCCAGUCGAGGUUCUGCACAAAACAGAGACGGCGCCAAAGAAUGUGGAGAUGCACCCCAACUGUAAAGACCCCUCGAGAGACUGCCACCACUGUGGCAAGCAGUUCCCCAAACCCUUCAAGCUUCAGAGACAUCUGGUUGUGCACAACUUAAAUAAAAUGUUCCUGUGCCACAAAUGCCCAGUGACCUACCAGGAGCCACAGGAACUAAAAGAGCAUCUGAAAAGUGAGCAUGAAGAGGUGGAUGAGCUCGACUCAAAGCAUACAACCCUCUACACCUGUGAGCUGUGUGCAGACGUCAUGCAUGUGAUCAAGAAAUCUUUCAUCUGCAGCACCUGCAACUACACCUUCUCUAAGAAAGAGCAGUUUGACCGACACAUGGAAAAGCACUUGUCAGGAGGGAAUAAGAUCUUCAAGUUCAGAGGAGUUCUCAGACCUAUUAAGACAUCUGCCUCCAAAGAGAACGAUGAGUGUGAAUUGCCAGCAAGUAAAAAGAGAAAGAUUCUCACUGACAGUCUACAAGAGAACAGCUCUGACAGUGGCAUCGCCAGCAUAGCCUCACUGCACUUAAAUCAGAAUGUUGAGAUGCCAGUUCUGAAACCCUCUGUACACACGACAGAGGACUCUACACAGACCAGUGCAGGUGAAUAUCACACUGAAAAUGAUGCCAGUGUGAAGACUGAGGAAAUGGCUGAGGAAUACUCUGACAUGCUGGUAGAGCUGGAGCAUUGUACGUUUCACCUGGGCUCUGAAGGUGUCUCCACUGCUACACCCAAAACAGAGGACAUUGUUCCCAGUCCUUCGUCUAAACUGCCUGUUAGAGACAUUGGUGAGGCGGAUGGCAAAUCAUUCACAGAUCCAUGUGAUGUGAAGGAAGAGGACGAUCCACUUGAGAGCAAUAGAGCUGAAGAGGUGAGGGAGUGUUUCGCCGAUGCUAAGCAGAGCACCCCAGAGAGCAGCAUACAGACUAGCACUGCAGAAGCUGAAGAGAAAAAGAUACAGAGGAGAGAUGCCACGGCAUCGGAUGAGGAGUUGUAUGUUAGUCUCCGUGAAAACCUGAUUAACAGCUCAAAGACACCCGAUUCACAUGACCUCCACCAACCUCCUACAAAGCAUAAGGCAUCUACCAUUGUGAUGGACCAAAUGAGGGAGGAUAAGCAGGGGCAACAGUCAACCAGCACUCACAGCUAUGACAACAAGCAGAAGGACAAAGCCUCCACACCCAAGCCCAGUGAAAGCACUAAACACAGCUCCAAAAACAGCCCCAGGGCCAUGGAGUCAACACCAGUCCACCACACCAAGCUCACGUCCCAGGGCUUGGCCUCCAGCGAGGACAAAGACUCUGCGAGAAGAGAACAGAAGAAGAGAAAAGAGAUGAGGUUACCUCACAGUUUACACAGGGUCUCCUCGCCUGCCACACGGGAGAACCUUGGAGUCGACGUCAAGGCCAGAAAUAAGUUCCGGCCUAGCAAGUGCGAGAGUCCGGCGGUUCACAGGAAAUCAGAAGGCCCCAGCGACUACCCGGUUCUCUCUUCGGUUAGAGAUGAUGUGGUCAGCAACAAAAUAAUCUCCAAGCACAAAACAUCAGGGAGUUUAGGCCUUCAACCAAAGAGAAGCUUCCUCGAUAACUGCAUACCAAAGAAAGCAGAGAUUGUGCAUCAUGUUAAUGGGGAUUACAAAGCCAAAAAGGGGCCUCUUGGACGGGCUCUUCAUCCCCCAGUUUCUAAAGUGUCAGCGCCUCCUAUGAACAAUUCCUUGAAUAAGUCUAGGCCAAAGACAGGGGUGAGGUCCAUGGAGAGCCACUCCUAUAGGACAGCAGAGUCUCAGAACAACCUCCUGAGCCAGCUGUUUGGCCAAAAGCUCACCAGCUUUAAGAUUCCUUUGAGGAAGGACACUUCAGAAUCAAUAAACUGAGGGGGAAAAACUAAAAGACUGAAAAUACAUUUCAUGACCAUGAAUGAGAUUGCAUGGAUCUCCUCUGUGAAAUGUUUGUCUAAAUACUUAUGUUGUCACUUUAUGUCUUCUUCUCUUGUAUAUGUGUUGUUAUAACACAAAUGUGAGGACUAAUGGCAGAGAUUAUUUUAUGAAUCUAGAAUGAAACUGCUAGUAGGGCAAAUCAGUGACUAAUUCCUGCUAUUCUUAUGUUGAACAUUAUCUUUUUCAGAGACUAUAUUUCAUUAGAAAAAUGAAAGAAAAAAUGUAUACUUGAAAAUAAAACUUUACUUUUAAUAAUACUUUUCAAAAUAAUGCAUGAACGUUUCACAAUCACAAAGUGUUCAUAGAGGAUAUUGUUUUUUUUUAAUGCAACAGGACCUAAAUUACAUCCAAACUGAUUUAGACUAUGUCAGUGCACCUUUUGUAUAUGCUUCUCCAAAAAUGACUCCUUUUGUAUUAUUUUUACCUUAGUGUACUGCAUUGACAUUCAUUGUAUUAGCUUUUGUAUAAACAUUAACUGGUGCUAUGUUAUUUGUUAUUGUAAUGUGAACGCCAAUGUCCUCUAUCUGAAGGGAACAUGAGAUCUGUAGCAGUUGCAUUCAUCCAACUGUUUGUGCUGAUUCUCUGUAGUUUCUUUAAAAAUUGUAAAACGACUGUGUAAAACCUCUUCCAACAAAGUAUUCAUCUGUAGGUCUUUAGGAAAGGAAAUUAGGAAAGCUUCCAUCUGUACGAACUCAGGUGCAUCCAAGGACUAUUCCCAGUCCUGAGACCUGUUUUAGGAGCUCCUCCCAUGCACUGAUACUACCACACACAAAACACACACUCAGUCCUCCGUGUCUGUCCUUCAACUGUUUAAUUAUGAAUAUUAUUUACUAGCACAAAAAAGGUGCUUUAUCUUGUUAAUAUGUAUCUUAUAUUGUAUCUUGUUAUAGCUAGAUGAUUUCCCGGUGCAAUGCUCAAUGUUAAAGUUUUAUUUUAAUAAUGUGCAACAGAAUCAAAGUGGGAGAGAAAGAGAGAGAGAAAAGAAAUGGAAAUAUUGUAAAGUGGUUCACUUAGUGCCUCUUUUAAAGUGGUUAUUAAAAAUAUGCAUUGGUCUCUC